AUAUGAAACGAGAGUACGUCGCCAUUUUAGGUAUCGUACCUGAACGUUUGAGCAAAAAGUAAACACAUGUUGACCUGCUAAGUUAUGAAAUAAUCCAUAUCCAAACUGUGACAGUAUGUAGCUGAUGUCAAAAAGAAAGCCUUUGAUCUGAAACAGAUGUAUAUGCAGUGACCUACAGCUUUUUGUUGGAAAAUGAUUGUCGAAAAUUUGGACGCGUUGAAAAUCUGGCUCACGAAAACGUUGACACCAAUAUGUGAUGCUGAUCCAGAUCCCCUUGCGAAAUACGUAGUUGCACUUCUGAAAAAAGACAAGACAGAAAAGGAAUUGGAGGCAGUUUUCUUAGACCAGUUAGAUGUUUUUCUCCAAAGCAAAACAAAAGAUUUUGUGGCAUCAUUUUUCCGAGUGUUAAGAGAUAAAUCCUAUAUUCCACUACCACCACCACCACCAACGACAACACCACCACCCAAUGUUGUAGUCAAGACUGAGGCUGUCCCAGACAGUACCACAGCCAAUGCUAAUGUACUCACAGACAUCAAAGUAGAGGUUAAAAAGGAGUCAACAGAGAAUGAAGAUAAACUUGGAAAGGACGGUAAAGAAAAAGAUGUCAAACCACGACGUAAUAGAACUUCUAGUCAGGAGAAACGCGAUUUGGAAGAGAGGCAACGAAGAAGAGAGAGAUUUGGGCCAGUGGACCAUAACAUGCCAAGAGUUGUCAGAGGACAGGACCGUUUGGAACGACCUGACAGGCCUGACAGGCCUGACCGUCCUGACCGUCCUGAUAGAGGCCCUGACAGGGGUGCAGGAGACAGACGAUAUUACAGACGAAGGUCAAGGUCACACAGUCCAAGGAGAUAUUCUAGAAGUCCCCUUAGAUCUAGAAGUCCAUACAGAAGGCGUCCACGUUCAAGAUCAAGAUCUCCAUAUAGGGCAAGGUCAUGGACACCACGUUCAAGAUCAAGAUCAAGGUCAUGGACUCCCCGCUCAAGGUCUCGAUCAAGGUCAAGAUCAAUAUCUAGAUCUAGGUCUCGCUCAAGAUCAAGAGGAAGGAGACCCCUGCCAGACAGUCGAGGUUCAACACCUACAUUAGACAAUGGCAGAUACAGCCACAGCAUUCCAGCAGUAGGGGGUGGUGUUUACUCGAUGGCUCACGGGGACCGCUGCCUUACCACCGACAGUGCAGGCCGUGAGAUACGUCCUAGGUGUAAGGACUACGAUGAGAAAGGUUUCUGUAUGCGAGGAGAUCUGUGUCCUUACGACCAUGGGCUGGACCCUGUUAUAGUUGAGGAUGUUCCUAUUCCCACUGUGGGCAUGCCUUUCCCUCCUCCAGGACCACCACCACCUGUCAGUAACAGCACAAACCUGCCCCCAGGAUCUGGCCCUCUGGUUACUGGACCCAGAUUUAUGCCGCCAACACAUGGACCACCACCUGGUAUGCCAAGGGUAGGAAUGGGGCCGGGACCACGACCACCCCCUCCUAGACUAGACAACUUUGAAGUGUACAACCCUGAGGCCCCAGGCAUUACCAGACCUCAGGGUCCAAGACCAGGUCCUUUCUGGAAUGGUCCUCGAGGACCCCCACCAGGAAUAGGGAGGGGUGGACCACCACCCCCACCACCACAUUUUCUGUCCGGUCCACCCCCACCACUACCCCCUAACCCUAACAGACGCGACCAUCUGGUCAACAUACCCACCCUGCCUGAGGAAGCUAAAGAAAAAGAGGAAGCGGCUCUAGCUCCCCCAGGUACGGAGCCUGUAACAAAGCCUGUUGUUGUAGAAAAGCCUCCCGAAAGGACUGUCAUUGCUCCAAAGAGAGCGUAUAACUCUAGUCAUGGCCCAGGUCAGGAUCAGCCUAAUCAGCAUGGGGGUCGCUACAUGGGUAACCAGUACGGAGGUCAGAACCGCUAUGGUCCUCCUCAGGCCAAGAAACCAUUCGACUACAAUCGCAUAGGUGGUUACCGACGGCCUGAUAUCGAUACGUCCAAUACUACCCUCCAAGUCACAAAAGUGCCAAAAGAUUGCUGUAAUAUUUCAAAAGUCAACGAACACUUUUCUAAGUUUGGCAAUAUUACCAACAUCAAGAUUGGGUACAAUGAGCCAGACUCUAUCCUAGUCUCGUACUCCACAAACGCUGAGGCUCUGGCCGCCUACCGCUGUAGUGAUCCAGUCUUCAACAAUAGGUUCAUAAAACUCUUCUGGCACAAACCAGACAAAGAGCAGGGACAAAACCAGCCAGACUCCUCAGAAAACUCAGGUAUGAAAGGGAAUUCUGGUGACUUUAGGAACGUCCAGCACGCCUCUGCUAAAUCUAGACUGGGAGCUAUUAUUCCUCCAGCCAGUAAGCUCUCGCUCAACAAUCUAAAGAAGCCCCCUGCUUUCCAGCCAGUGGAGACAUCUGAAGCAGAAACCAACUUAUCCUCAGAGGUGCAAGAUCUCAGGAAAGAAAAGGCCAUCGUAUACACGUCAUCAGUGGGUAAUAUUACUAAGACUCUGUAUAACCCUGAAGCUAUAAAAGCGAAGAAAGCACUUACUAGUCCCACGGCUGUACAAACUGCCAGCUUUGUCUUCAAGAUUGAGGCCAUUAAACGACAGGAUGCUUUGAAAAAGGAAGCAAUGAAAAAGAAAAUAGAAAUUCAAAAACAAAAGCACGAACUUCUUCAGAAACAGCUAGAACAACAAAAGGUGCUGAUACAGAAACUAGAGAAAAACAAAAAUAUGAGUGCAGACGACAAGGAAGCUGUGAUGAAGACAUUGAAGAUCCUUGAAGGCAGUAUUGUCAAGCUGAAAGUUGAACUUGUUCCAAAGAAACCUGUUGUGGAUCCAGCAACACUGAAGUCACCAGAACUGGCAAGGAAGGAGAUCCUGGAUACAGAGUUAGAGUUGUUUACCAAACAGAGUACAGGAGAGGAUACAUCCAACUUGAAGCAGAAGCUCAGUGAACUUACAAAACAGGCAUCGGCCAUGGGGCUACUGGGCAGAGGGCGUGGCCGUGGAGUGCCCAGGGGACGUGGGUCUACCACAUGGGUAGCCAGUGGUCUGAGGGGCCGGGGGCGUGCCAACAGGGGAAGAGGCAGGGGGACAGGCUUCCCUCCCGGAGGUAACAGGACCUUGGACAAGAGACCAAAGAUGGUUGAAGUAUCAGGAUUUGAGAUCGAAGAUAAAGAUGGCAUCCUUCCUCACUUUUCGCAAUUUGGAACAGUUGAAAAGGUGGACUUUGAUGAAGAUUCUCAAUCGGCCAUUGUCGCCUUUCAAUCAAGAAUGGAUGCAGAAAUGGCUGUGUUACGUGGCUCCAAGUUUAACAACACUGUUCUUGCGAUGAAGUGGUAUAUUGAGCCGAAGGUGACACUGAACCUCAACAUCAGCAGUGAUGACAGCUUCGGAGGAGAGGACCCUGUUGAGGAGGUGUCCCUAGCAGAUGAAGAAUUAGAUGAGGAUGCACUACUUGCAGGAGAUGAUGACGAUGAAGAUGAUGAGGAAAGUCGUUCAUGGAGACGAUAACAAGAACAGAUCCCAUGUCCUGAAGAGGAUGUAGUGAAAUAGUUGAUACUUUUAACAUGCUUAAAUGUCCCUGAUUUGUAUAUAAUUUUUGCAAAAUUUGCAUUUACUAAGGAAUGUGUGACAUUCAGUGACAUUGUGAUGAAAUGAGAUUUGAGAGUCCACAUCCUCUGACUAGUCAUUGUGACAGUAUAUAUUACACCUGACAGUCUAGUUUAUACCUGACAGUCUACAUUAUAACCUAACAGUCUACAUUAUACCUGACAGUCUACAUUAUAUCUGACAGUAUAAAUCAUACCUGACAGUCUACAUUAUACCUGACAGUCUACAUCAUACCUGACAGUCUACAUUAUACCUGUCAGUCUACAUUAUACCUGACAGUCUACAUUAUACCUGACAGUCUACAUUAUACCUGACAGUCUAGAUUAUACCUGACAGUCUACAUUAUACCUGACAGCCUACAUUAUACUUGACAGUCUACAUUAUACCUGACAGUCUACAUUAUACCUGACAGUCUACAUCAUACCUGACAGUCUACAUCAUACCUGACAGUAUAGAUUAUACCUGACAGUCUACAUUAUACCUGACAGUCUACAUUAUACCUGACAGUAUACAUUAUACCUGACAGUCUAGAUUAUACCUGACAGUCUACAUUAUACCUGACAGUCUAGAUUAUACCUGACAGUCUACAUUAUACCUGACAGUCUAGAUUAUACCUGACAGUCUACAUCAUACCUGACAGUCUAGAUUAUACCUGACAGUUUAGAUUAUACCUGACAGUCUAGAUUAUACCUGACAGUCUAGAUUAUACCUGACAGUAUACAUUAUACCUGACAGUCUAGAUUAUACCUGACAGUCUACAUUAUACCUGACAGUCUAGAUUAUACCUGACAGUCUACAUUAUACCUGACAGUCUAGAUUAUACCUGACAGUCUACAUCAUACCUGACAGUCUAGAUUAUACCUGACAGUAUAGAUUAUACCUGACAGUCUAGAUUAUACCUGACAGUCUACAUUAUACCUGACAGUCUACAUUAUACCUGACAGUCUACAUUAUACCUGACAGUCUACAUUAUACCUGACAGUAUACAUUAUACCUGACAGUCUACAUUAUACCUGACAGUCUACAUUAUACCUGACAGUCUAAAUUAUACCUGACAGUAUAGAUUAUACCUGACAGUCUACAUUAUACCUGACAGUCUACAUUAUACCUGACAGUCACCUGACAGUCUACAUUAUACCUGACAGUCUACAUUAUACCUGACAGUCUACAUUAUACCUGACAGUCUACAUUAUACCUGACAGUCUAGAUUAUACCUGACAGUCUACAUUAUACCUGACAGUCUACAUUAUACCUGACAGUCUAGAUUAUACCUGACAGUCUACAUUGUACCUGACAGUCUACAUUAUACCUGACAGUAUACAUUAUACCUGACAGUCUACAUUAUACCUGACAGUCUAGAUUAUACCUGACAGCCUACAUUAUACCUGACAGUCUACAUUAUACCUGACAGUCUACAUUAUACCUGACAGUCUACAUCAUACCUGACAGUCUACAUCAUACCCGACAGCCUAGAUUAUACCUGACAGUCUACAUUAUACCUGACAGUCUACAUUGUACCUGACAGUAUACAUUAUACCUGACAGUCUACAUUAUACCUGACAGUAUACAUUAUACCUGACAGUUUACAUUAUACAUGACAGUCUACAUUAUACCUGAAAUGGUUUGAAAGUCUCUGUAAGAAUCCUCACUAACAUCAUGUGUUCAAUUGGUGCAAUAGAAUUUCUAGCAUUUGUGUCUGAUAGAUGUCCACCGUGUUAUAUCGCUGGAUGAAGCUGUCAAUCUGAAACUUGCUCUUGUCUUCUUUCCCGCUGUGUCUGUAAGUGGUGCAUCAUAUAUAUUCGAAACAAAAUUUUGUGUACAUAAUAAAAAUGUAAAAAGAUUAAAGAAGAGAUGAAAACAUGUUCAGGUCUGGUGACUACGAAGGGGAUGUAAAAUAUUUAUUUAGCUCGAUUGUUUCGUGAUGUUUGUGCCUGUGAGUCUGAUGGAAUGGUGUUUAUUGCUGAUGAUAGCGAGUGUGUAUACUACAGUCCAAAUAAUGUUAACUCCAUGUCAUUUGUAUCAUAGUUGUUGUGGAUUACACAAUCAAACUGGCCUUUAUAGUAAUUAAAAAGUAUUUCAUAUGUAUCUGUGAAUUUAAAUGAUUUUGAAAUCUGUUUUAUGCCAAAGGUCUUUGUUAAACAUUUUUAACCCCGAUAGUUUUAGGAUCAAUGUUUCACAUGUCCAUUACUAAAUCAGAAAGCUUCACAAUGUUUUGAAGUUUUAUGUGUAUUAUUUGUCUCUAAGUUGAUGUAUAUGAAAUAGCAAUCACAGUUUGUGUGAUAGUAGAGAUAUUCCGAAGUAUUGAGAAUUAUUUGUGCUGAUUAAAUAGUUCAGACAAAGAGAUCCUGUCCAACUACACACCAUUCAAACUGUGACCCUAGAACUCUGUGAUUGUUACCAUUGGAUGUUAUUGGAAAUGAAUAUCUACUCAAUAUUUUAUUCUUUUACUAAAGCGAUAGGACAUUCCACUUUGAUUUUAUUUGUGUUGAAUAUGCAUUCUCUCUCUCCCUGUGUAUUUGAAAUUGGAGGUAUUUCACUGGAUCAUUUAAUCUCCUAGAAAUAAAUGACUUGCUCUUUGAUAGCAUUUUAAACCAAUUCGUAUAUACAUAGGAAAAUAGAUCUAAAUUAUCAAUCUAUAUAUAUAUAUAUAUAUAUAGAAAAAUAUAUCUAAGAAUUAGCAUUAAAAUAGUUCACAAGUGCUAUUUAUCUAUUGGAUGAAAUUGGCAGAAAUAUCUGGCACAAUAUGUAAAAGUAAUGUUUGUAGUGUAACAAUGAAGUGUAACAAUGAAGUGUAACAAUGAGGUAUCUCCAACGUUUCUACAGCAAUUGUUCCUUUCUAACCAUUUCUUUAUCUGAAAGAUCAUGGCAACUGUUCUAAAAUGUUUCAAUUAUUUAUUGAGAUAAAAUUCAUCAAAGGAAGGAGUGGAAUGGGGACACUUAUAGAAAAAUGUUCUUUGUUGUAUUUUGUAUUGAAAUAGUCAAGUUGAAUGUGUCAACAGAAACACUUGUUUAAUGAGUACUGUGCUAUGAAGGCUUGUAGAGCCAUCAACCAGGGAGUAAAUAAUUUCAAUCCCUCACAAUUAAGAGGUAUAUACAACAAAUUAAAAUAAGAAAUAUUUCUGUCAAAAUGGCUUAUCAAAAAUAUCGAACUUUGAAACUAAAUGUGAAGUAGAAUCAGGGGAAAUACAGUAUUGUUUUGUACUGGUAUUAAUGGUGUGGUUGUUACACUCAACUGGACUAUUUACUUGGAUAAACAGGUGUUUGAUAUUUUUAUUACACAGACUUGUAAUUGUUGAUGUUUAUUGAAACAAAACAAAAAAAGAAAAGAAAACAAUGCAAGACCAGAAAAAAAUUAGUGGGAAAAGAAUGUGCCACAUAAAAAACAAAACAAAAAAAACACCAGUCUUGCUUCAAUAUAUUGCAUGCUAGGAUGAUGAUGAUGAUGUGUUAAACAUGGAAGAAAAAAUGUUGACUUGAAAAAAAAAAAUUAAAAUAAACACUGAAAAGAUGUGGGAAAACCCACCAAAAAUU